AUGGCCGAAGGUAUCGACAGAAAUGCAGAUGAGCGAAUGGAGUUUUCGACUUCGAAAGAAGUCACGGUCGCCCCAACCUUUGAGGACAUGCACCUCAAGGAAAAUCUCCUUCGUGGCAUUUAUGCGUAUGGCUAUGAAUCUCCCUCAGCAGUCCAGUCUAGGGCCAUCGUGCAGAUUUGCAAAGGACGAGACACCAUUGCGCAGGCGCAAUCAGGCACUGGCAAAACCGCGACCUUUGCGAUCAGCAUUCUUCAAAUCAUCGAGACAUCCGUCCGCGAGACACAAGCUCUUGUUUUGUCCCCGACGCGCGAAUUAGCAACACAGAUUCAAAGCGUCAUCAUGGCCCUCGGAGAUUACAUGAAUGUGCAGUGCCAUGCGUGUAUCGGAGGCACCAAUGUUGGUGAAGACAUUAGAAAACUCGAUUACGGACAACAUGUGGUGUCGGGUACACCUGGGCGAGUGGCAGAUAUGAUCAGGAGAAGGAACCUCCGCACACGACACAUCAAGAUGCUGGUGCUGGACGAAGCAGAUGAACUCCUCAACCGCGGUUUCAGAGAACAGAUCUACGACGUCUACCGCUACCUGCCUCCCGCCACGCAAGUCGUGGUUGUCUCUGCCACCCUUCCCUACGAUGUGUUGGACAUGACCACGAAAUUCAUGACCGACCCCGUCCGCAUCCUGGUCAAGCGUGAUGAGCUCACACUCGAAGGCCUCAAGCAGUAUUUCAUUGCUGUCGAAAAGGAGGAAUGGAAAUUUGACACACUGUGCGAUCUCUAUGACACUCUCACCAUCACACAGGCUGUGAUCUUCUGCAACACCCGCCGCAAGGUCGACUGGCUCACCGACAAGAUGCGAGAGGCAAAUUUCACAGUCAGCAGUAUGCACGGCGAGAUGCCUCAGAAGGAACGGGACAGCAUCAUGUCCGAUUUCAGGCAGGGCAACAGUCGGGUCCUCAUCAGCACUGACGUCUGGGCUCGCGGGAUCGAUGUUCAGCAGGUCAGUCUGGUCAUCAACUACGACCUGCCCAGCAAUCGCGAGAAUUACAUCCACAGAAUCGGGCGCAGCGGGAGAUUCGGCCGCAAGGGUGUGGCCAUCAACUUCGUCACCAGUGAGGACGUCCGCAUCCUGCGGGAUAUCGAGCUGUACUACUCGACGCAGAUUGACGAGAUGCCCAUGAACGUCGCCGAUCUAUUGACUUAG